GGCGCGCGCUCGGCGGGUGGCGCGGGGCUGAGGGGGCACGCGGCCCGCCAUGUCGUUCCGCCGCGCGCUGGCGCUGGCCGCCUGCGGGCUGGCCGGCGGCUCCGUGCUCUUCUCCGCCGUGGCCGUGGGCAAGCAGCCGGCUCGGGGCGGCGACGCCGAGCCGCGCCCGGGGGGCUCUGCUGCUCCCGCCGCCGUUCCCUCCGCGUCCGCCGCGCCGCCGGGUUUGCUGCUGCUGCCGCCCGCCGCCGCCUCCUGCCCGCCGGCCCCCGGCUGGAUCGAGAGACCCGCCGGGACCGGCGGCUACUGGGACAGCAACUGGGACAGACGUGAACCACUGGCUCUUAUCAACCUCAAAAAGAAAAAUGAAGAAACCGGGGAAGAAGAACUUGCCUCACGCUUAGAUCACUGCAAAGCAAAAGCCACCAGACACAUAUUCCUUAUCCGUCAUUCUCAAUAUAAUUUGGAUGGCCGGGCUGAUAAGGACAGAACUCUUACCCCACUUGGUCGAGAGCAGGCUGAACUGACUGGACAAAGGCUGGCAAGCUUGGGAUUAAAAUUUGAUCAGAUUAUCCACUCCUCCAUGACUAGAGCAACUGAAACAACUGAAAUUAUAAGCAAACAUCUCCCAGGAGUCAAAAAAAUCAGCACUGAUCUGCUGAGAGAGGGAGCACCUAUAGAACCAGACCCUCCGGUCUCUCACUGGAAACCAGAAGCUGUGCAGUAUUACGAAGAUGGAGCUCGAAUUGAGGCUGCUUUUCGAAACUUCAUUCAUAGAGCUGAUGUGAAGCAGGAAGAAGACAGCUAUGAGAUCUUUGUCUGCCAUGCCAACGUGAUCCGCUAUAUCGUGUGCAGAGCAUUGCAGUUCCCCCCAGAAGGCUGGCUGCGCAUGUCUCUUAACAAUGGCAGUAUAACUCACUUGGUGAUACGUCCGAAUGGAAGAGUGGCACUUCGAACACUGGGCGACACAGGUUUCAUGCCCCCAGAUAAAAUCACGCGCACCUGAAUGAGCAAAACUGAUGGCUGUCCAGGAGCUGCCUCUAGUCUCUUUGCACUAGUACAUUCAGCUACAGUACCACUAGAUUUUUAUCUGUUAUGUUGGGGUGUGAUGCUGUCUUAAAAAUGUCCUUUAGCCCUCUUGCCUCCAUACAUACUCAUAUCUGCCUUUCAGCCCAGAAGAGAAGAAAUCUCUGUAAGCCUGAAGCUGUCCAGUCCUCAAGUAUUCCUCAGAAUUCAGCUCUGGAAUACAAAGAGAUUGAAUGUCUCUGUGCUCAGCAGUUGCAGGAGCACUGACUGUUGUCCCAGCCUGUGAACUCCUAUAACCAAAGCUUGCUCCGGUGGAUAUUUUUCUUGUGCAGGGAAGCAAUUGGUGUGGGAACUGAACAGCCUUGUAUUGCGCUGCAGGUAAAACUGAAGCUGAUGGCAGCUUGUUUCGGCUCUUGCAGAAGAAGUGACAAACAGGGUAUUCUGCUGUUCAAAGGGGUAAGACUUCAGCUUUUGUAAGCUGGUGAAGAUGUAUGUUUAUGUGGUCAUUGUUCCCCUCAGCCAUCUGAAAAAGCUCUUGUAAACUGUGCCUGGAUCUUGUAAGCAUAAAGCAAAGAGGGUAAAAAAAUCACAUUUGCCUCAGAGCUGUGGUGCUAGAAUUAACUGCUCCUUAUGUGAAGCGUUCCUCCAUCCUCAGGAAGUACUUAAGCUAUUCUGGACAGUGUUUUUCAGUCUCGUAAAGCCUUUAACUGAAACUUGGGCUGUAGAGGGACGUAGGGAUGAGUUUGUAGCAGUAAGAUGGAAGGAAAGCAGCAGUCUUCUGCGUGUGCUUCCAGUUACUGACUCACACAUUUUUGAGGAGCAGAGUCUUUGCUCCCAUUGAUUGGUAGAUGUCAAUAUCUUCCUUUCAGAGUACAGAAAUAACACCGCUCAGUUCCAGGCAGUGAUAUUUCAUGUCACAGGUUCUACAGUAUUGGAGCAAGCUGCUGCUUAAAACUUGCCUAAAUGGUGUAAUAUAUCUGUGGGUUGGCUUCUCUAGGCCAGGGCGCAGUACAGCUGCUGCGCAGAAUGCUGUACAGCUCCGACAUCACGGGACUUGUGCUAGGAAAAGGGGGUGGCUGAGAGCUAGGGUUCGGUUACGAAGGGAGGGCUCAGAAGCGUUUCAUGUUGAGGCUGUUGGCACCCAACCUGGUGUAGUAACUUACCUCACUUAAUAGUUGGAAUGUUGAAAAAUGUCACCGUAUGCCUCAUGUGCCUUGGUGCCAGAGCACAUACCACUAUAGCAAAUGUAAGUAACUGGUUUGGCCGGUUCUCUUAGCACCAAGGAUGUUGCUGAGACCCUGUGCUGGCUCCUGUCAGAGCUGGAUGAAGUGAUAUCAUGGCACAUGCCCAAGACAAGGUUUAAGGGCUUGUUAAGGACUGCUACAUCAGGAUCAUUGCAAGGAAAAUGGGGCUAGUAGGGAACAAAACAUGAUCGUUGUGUCGUGCAAGUUGUGGGGCAAGAGGAAACCGUCAUGACGUAUCUCUCAUUGAUGCAACGAGAAUAAUUUAUCAGUUUUUGUCUAUUAACUUUUAAAAAGUUUUGAAUAAAAUAACUGGUCUGUCUUUC